UAGUCAUCAUGGCGGAACUGUAAUGUCCUGGGCGAGAAACUUGUACCCUCCAGUUGGAGUUCAUUUAUUUUAUUUAUUCAUGAAUUUUCCCGUCUUUUCCCUGAAAUGACUCGCUGGAUUCCCACCAAGAAAGAGAAAUACGGAGUUGUCAUCUACAACUACAAUGCCAAGGUGGAGCAUGGACUUAGCCUGCAAGUGGGCGACUCAGUUCACAUCCUGGAGACCUUUGAAGGGUGGUACAGAGGCUACACACUGCGGGACAAAUCGAAAAAGGGCAUUUUCCCAGCUUCCUACAUUCACCUGAAGGAGGCUAAAGUAGAGGGAACAGGACAGCAGGAGACAGUGAUACCUGCCGAUGUCCCCUUGGUACAUGAGCUGGGUGCCACCCUGAGGGAAUGGGCACAGAUUUGGCACAAGCUCUAUGUGAACAACAAGACCACGCUGUUCCGGCACGUGCAGCAGAUGGCCUACAGCCUUAUCGAGUACCGCUCCCAGAUCGUGUCGGGGACGCUGCCCAAAGAUGACCUGGUGGAACUCAAGAAGAAAGUGACCGCCAAGAUCGACUAUGGCAACCGGAUCUUGGGGCUGGACCUUGUGGUUCGCGACGAGGUGGGGAACACGCUCGACCCAGAGUCAACCAGCACUGUCAGCCUGUUCCGCGCCCAUGAGACUGCCUCGCGCAGCAUUGAUGACCGGAUCCAGGAGGAGAAGUCUCGGCUGCAGAACCUGGAAAUGCGCCGCCAGUCCCUCUUCAGUGUGGUGCACACUUACAGCCUCUUCAUGAACCUCAAGAACUUUGUCUGCAACAUCGGGGAGGAUGCUGAGCUGCUCAUGUCACUGUAUGACCCUGACCGGUCUGAGUUCAUCAGUGAGAACUUCCUGGUGCGCUGGGACAGUACUGGAAUGCCCAAAGAGAUCGAGAAGCUAAACAACCUGCCUGCACUCUUCACGGACCUGAGCAGCAGUGACCUGAUCAGGCCGCGCGUCUUUCUGGUGUGUCAGAUCAUCCGCGUGGGCUGCAUGGAGCUGAAGGAGGGCAAGAAGCACACAGGCGGGCUGCGGCGGCCCUUCGGUGUGGCAGUGAUGGACAUCACGGACAUUGCUCAUGGGAAAGUGGACGAUGAAGAGAAGCAGCAUUUCAUCCCUUUCCAGCAGAUUGCCAUGGAGACCUAUAUCCGUCAGAGACAACUCAUCAUGUCCCCACUCAUUCCCUCCAGAGUAAUCGGGGAGAAUGAGCCCCUGACCUCCGUCUUCAACAAGGUCAUCGCCAGUCGAGAUGUCAACCACAAGGGUCAAGGGCUGUUUGUCACUCUGAAGCUUCUCCCAGGAGAUUUGUCUCAGGUUCAGAAGGAUUACCCCCAUUUUGUGGAUAGGACAACUGCCAUAGUGAGGAAAAUGGGCUUCCCUGAAAUCAUUCUUCCAGGAAACGUGCGCAAUGACAUCUACGUGACGCUGGUGCAGGGCGAGUUUGAUCGGGGUAAGAAGAAGACACCCAAAAACGUGGAGGUGAUAAUGAGCGUGAUGGAUGAAGAAGGACUGCCCAUGGAGAAAGCCAUUUUUCCUGGGGCUGGCUAUGAUGGAAUUACGGAGUAUAAGUCAGUCAUUUACUACCAAGUCAAGCAGCCCUGCUGGAAUGAGACCGUCAAGGUGGCAAUUCCCAUUGAAGAUGUGUGCCGAUGCCAUCUGAGGCUGAUGUUCCGGCACCGAUCCUCACAGGACUCAAGGGACAAGUCAGAGAAGCCGUUUGGCAUGGCCUUCGUCAGACUGAUGAAAGCAGACGGAACCACACUGCGAGAUGGGAAGCACGACCUCAUUGUGUAUAAGGGUGAUGUAAAAAAGGCAGAGGAUGCCAAGACCUACCUGAGCCUGCCUGGGACCUGGGCUGAGGUGGAAGAGAAGGACAAACAGUCUGGGAAGCCCUUCCAGAACUCCAGCAUCAUUCCUGUCACCAAAGACAGCUUCCAAAUCACCACGCUCACCUGCUCCACCAAACUGACCCAGAACGUGGACCUUCUGGGGCUCUUGAAUUGGCGCUCUAACCCUCAGGACUUGGAGCAGACACUACAGAGGCUGAUGGAGGUGGAGGGGAGUGAAAUUGUCAAGUUUCUGCAGGACACUCUGGACGCCCUCUUCAAUAUCAUGAUGGUGACAUCCGAGAAGGAGACCUACGACAAGCUGGUGUUUAAUGCCUUGGUGUUCAUCAUCACGCUGAUAGGAGACAUUAAGUUCCAGCACUUCAACCCUGUUCUGGAGACCUACAUCUACAAGCACUUCAGUGCCACGCUGGCGUUCGCGAAGCUGACCAAGGUGCUGAAUUUCUAUGUGGGGAAUGCCGAAGACCCCAAGCUGACAGAAUUUCUCUACUCCGCUCUCAAAGCCCUGAAAUACCUCUUCCGUUUCAUUGUACAAUCACGAGUCCUCUACCUCAGAUUUUAUGGGAACAACGAAAACGGAGACGAGUUUUGUAACUCCAUUCACACUCUCUUCUUAUCCUUCAAUAACCUGAUGGACCGGCCGCUGGACGAGGGUGUGAAAAUCAAGGGCGCUAUAUUGAAAUACCUCCCAACCAUCAUCAACGAUGUCCAACAUGUCUUUGAGCCCGUAGAACUCAGUGUUCUGCUGACCAAAUUCAUUGAGAGCAUCCCAGACUUCCAGCUGGUGCGCCAGAAAUUGGGCUGUAUGUGCAAGAUAGUGGAAAGUGACCUCUUCAGACAGCCAGAGUGUCGAGAUGUGCUGCUCCCCCUGAUGACAGACCAACUCAGUGGCCAGCUGGAUGACCACUCCAACAAGCCAGACUAUGAGGCCUGUGGCCAGCUGCUCAGCACCAUACUGGACAUCCUGGACAGGAAGGAUGUGGGUCCCACCUCGGCUCACGUCCAGAUGAUCAUGGAGCGCCUCCUUCGCCGGAUCAACCGCACCGUCAUCAGCAUGAGCCGCACCCUCCCGCUCAUCGGUCACUAUCUGUCCUGCAUGACGGCCAUCCUGAAACAGAUGGAUGACUCUCACUACUCCCACUACAUCAGCACCUUCAAAACACGACAGGACAUCAUCGAUUUCCUGAUGGAGACAUUCAUCAUGUUUAAGGAUCUGAUCGGGAAUGUGUUCCCUUCGGACUGGAUGAUCAUGAACCUGCUGCAGAUCAGAGUGUUUCUGCGUGCAAUCAACCAGUAUGCAGAGGUUCUCAAUAAAUACUUCCUGGACCAGGCCAGUUUUGAGCUGCAGCUCUGGAACAACUACUUCCACUUGACCGUGGCCUUCCUUACCCACAAGUCCCUGCAACUUGAGACUUUCUCCCAGGAGAAACGCAACAAGAUCCUGAACAAAUAUGGAGACAUGAGGAAGGAAAUUGGCUUUAAGAUCCGGGACAUGUGGUACAACCUUGGUCCCCACAAGAUGAAGUUCAUCCCAUCCAUGGUGGGCUCAAUCUUGGAGGUGACUCUGGUUCCGGAGCCCGACCUGAGGAAAGCCACCAUCCCCAUCUUUUUUGACAUGAUGCAGUGUGAGCACAACUUCAGCCCCAACCACACCUUCCAAAUGUUUGAGAACGAGCUGAUCACGAAGCUGGACCAGGAAGUGGAAGGAGGCCGUGGGGAUGAGCAGUACAAGGUCCUCCUGGAGAAGACACUGCUGGAGCACUGCCGCCGCCACCGCUACCUGUCUUCCUCGGGGGAGUCUCUGGCCCUGCUCCUCAGCAGCCUGCUGGAGAACCUGCUGGCCUACCGCACCAUCACGCACGACGAGAGCCCCGAGCACCGCAUGAGCUGCACUGUCAACGUGCUGAACUUCUACAAGGAAAAGAAGAGGGAGGACAUCUAUAUCCGGUAUUUGUACAAGCUGAGGGAUUUACACCUGGACUGUGAGAACUACACAGAGGCUGCCUACACUCUCUUACUGCACGCUGAGCUCCUGGAGUGGUCCGACCAGCCCUGUGCUUCCCACCUCAUCCCACGGGAUGGCUCCAAGGUGUGGUCCCAGCAGGAACUCAAAGAGAAGCUCUUCCAGGAGAUCAUCCACUACCUGGACAAAGGCAAGAUGUGGGAGAAGGCCAUCAAGCUGAGUAAGGAGCUGGCAGGGAUGUAUGAGAAUCAGAUCUUUGACUUCAUGGAGCUCAGCCAGCUGCUGAAACAGCAGGCCCUGUUCUAUGAGAACAUCAUGCAUGCCAUGCGGCCACAGCCGGAGUAUUUCGCAGUGGGAUACUACGGCCUGGGCUUCCCCACUUUCCUCAGGAAUAAGGUCUUUAUUUACCGGGGGAAAGAGUAUGAAUGGCUAGAAGACUUCAGCUUGAAGCUGCUGUCUCAGUUCCCACUGGCUGUGAGGAUGACCAGCACGUCACCCCCUACUGACGAGAUCUGUAGCUCCGCUGGACAGCACAUCCAGUGUUUCACCGUCAAGCCUGUUCUCAACCUGCCUCCCCGCUUCAAGGACAAAGGAGUGCCAGAGCAGAUCCUGAAUUAUUACAGAACCAAUGAGGUGGACCAGUUCCAGUAUUCAAGACCCUUCAGAAAAGGCGAAAAGAACCCAGACAAUGAGUUUGCAACCAUGUGGAUUGAAAGGACUACCUACAUCACAGCCUACAAGUUCCCUGGGAUUCUCAAGUGGUUCGAAGUCAAGUCGAUCUCAGUUGAGGAGAUCAGCCCUCUGGAAAAUGCCAUUGAGACUAUGGAGAUGGCCAAUGAAAAACUCAGUAACCUGGUGCAGCAGCAAGCCUGUGAUCGCUCACUGGCUGUCCACCCACUGUCCAUGAUGCUGAAUGGCAUCGUUGACCCUGCUGUCAUGGGCGGCUUCUCCAACUACGAGAAGGCUUUCUUCACAGACGCCUAUAUCGAAGAGCACCCUGAGGACCUGGAGCGCAUUGAGAUCCUGAAACACCUCAUCGCCCUGCAGAUCCCGCUGUUGGCGGAUGGGAUACGAAUUCAUGGGGAGAAAUCCACGGAGCAGCUGAAGCCGCUGCACAACCGCCUGGUCUCCUGCUUCCAGGAGCUGAAGGAGAAAGUGGAGAAGCACUAUGGUGUCAUCACGCUGCCCUGCUCCCUGACAGAGAGGAAGAAGAGCCGCGUGGGCUCAGUAGUGAUGCCAUACAUCAUGUCCUCGACGCUGCGCCGCCUGUCCACUGUGUCCACGCUGUCCACCGCCUCCUCGGGUCACUCCAGCGGCUCCGGCUCCUCCGACGGCACCCCUUCCCGGCCCUGCUCGCAGGACUCUCUGCUCUCCCGAGGCAGCGACCGGAGAGCCUCGGUGCUGUCCCGCUCCGAGGAGGACAAUAGAAUCGGCCGCAAGAACCGGAGGGAGUGGAACAUCAGUAAAUCCCAAGUGCUGAUGGAGAGACUGCCAGACGCAGACGGGACCCCUCCAGAGAGGCCUCAGAGACCCAAAAGCUUGCAGUUUGGGGACCGGCGAGUGACCCUGUCCCUCUUCCAGGGGGGAUCCUCUCAGCUCAACUUGUCCAACCCACUCAGCCCCCUGCCCCCCUCUCCUCACACACCUCGCAGUUCCAGUUACACUUCUCUUCAGAGUGAUGGUGAUUUGAGCUCAGACCCCCCAAGCACACCUCCCCCCAUUCCUUCAAAAAGACACGCCAAUGAAAACGACAGCCCCCGGAACUCAGCAGAGUUUGUGCCCCCUCUACCAGUGAAAGGGGAUACCAGACCACCCCCGCCGCCUCCCAAAACGCGCAAGUCCGUGGUCUCGACGUUUGAGCACAGUCCGCAGUGAAGGGGGGCGUCGGUCCUGAUGCUGGGAUCGUCCGUGUGAACGGGUGUGUGAAGAAUAUCAGGCCCUGUGUCACCCUUUCCGUCCCUUCCCUCCCUUCAUCUGACUACAGCGAUUAGCGAAGAGCAGUGGGACCUGAGAGAGAGGGGGGGGAGGGUGGAGAGCACAUCUGGAGGCGAAAGUGUCCUGGAACGCUGAAAUUCUUUUCUGUCGGUGAAGUGGCCUCCCUCAAAUGGUUCGCACAGAGCGCGGCCUGUCCAGGUGGUGUACACGGCUGGACAAACGAACAGCUUGAAGUCGACCGAAGUGUUUUUAGUUGAGAUUCCGUCAGAACCUGAGUUUUGACAUUUUUAAAAAUAAUACACAGUCUUCUAAGGAUGUCCAAGACUGCAAAACAAAACAGUUGUGAAAUAAAUUAUGAAUAUACUACGCUGUAAAUAAUCGGGGUCGGGAAAUGACUAAAUUCGUUUGGAAGCUUUUUUUUGUCCAGUUUUCAGCAGCCACAGUAGACAAAUUAAAACUCCUGUGUGAAUCCUGGAAGCACUGCAUUCAUGUUAUAAAGUCAACAACCGGAGCUUUAAAUCACUGCUGUGCAAACCUCCCUUUUAUCAAUAAUGGAUUCUACAAGUUCAAGUUCUGUGUAAAGAGUUCUUUCAUUCUUACAGAAUGUUUGUUACUCCACACACCUCCUUAGCAGCCUGACUCCCUGGAAGACUUCCCUGUUGUCAACAGUGAUUGAAGAACCUUGCAGUAAUGUGUUCUUAUUUUAAUCAGUUUGCAAAGGCCUCCAAAUGUGGGAUUUUAAUAGUGUUUGGAAAAGGAGGGAAGGGUUUUAUACAACGCAGGAGCUUCAAUAAAUGUUUCCAGGCACUCAUUUCAUUCAGUGUAACAACUUAAAGUGUUAAACUUAGUGUAAGUGUAACUUACGAUUUUUUGACAUGCUGGUGGCUUGCGAAACACAGUAUUGGCGGUCACAAAAGAACAAGUGCACGAUCUUCGUGUCCAAACCCACAAGUUCCCUUUCCAUGUGACAUCACAUGCCUUGGUUUGGCUAUGAAAAAUCGUGGCACAAUGAAAUCAACUGGUCGACAGUAGCCAAGUUACAAUAAAUGCUGCAGUGUGACAGAAUAUCUCAUAAGAAAUACAAAACAGGAGGACAAGAUGAGUUGCGAGACAAUAAAAAAGGCAGGAUUAUUUUUUUUUUUUGGCCUGGGGUGUGUAAUGGUCCUUACCUGUGGCAUUCCACCCUCUGGGGCUCAUUUUAUGAACUCAUUUUGCACACCUCCAAUAAGCCUGUAAUUAAAAUGAGAUGCAGUGUAUGGUGUUCAAUAUCUGUAUUCCUCGACUUCAGAAAAGCACUUUGGCCAAAAACAUGGCAUGGUAAGUAAAAGACAAAAACAUUUUAAGCAGUUCAUGCUGCAUUUUAAAUGAUGCAUUGUACCAAACCUCCACUCACAUGCUUUUAAAUUCUUUCAAGACAUACUAAAGAUAUUUUUGGAAUAGCUUUCUCUUAGGCUAGUGCUUAAGAUGCUUUAAUUACCUCAUUUAUUAAACAAAGAUAAUCAAAACAUGCACUGGAUUUCAAUCUAAAUGUGAUUUUAUGUUUGUCUUAAGGGAAAAUGUGUGUUUGUAUAAAUGUAAUGUUUUCCUACAAACAAAUGGACUCGUUUUGUAUGGGUCUUGAUGUCACUGUGUAGUUUAUGCACAAGUGCCCUGGAUUAGAUGCCUGAUGUUUUUAUCUUCCUGACUGUCACUGUGAUGAUCUGUCUGAUAAAAAUGCUUGGUUAUGCAUCAGCCUAUAGGAAGGUUUGCGAGUCUCUGUCUGAUAUGAAACUGUCUUCUUCAACACUGGAUCCUUGAAUGCUGAAUGUGCACAAAUUUAAUUCAAGGUAAUCUCCUUUUUGCAAGGAAAUCAGGAUAUAUGCAGUAAAAUGAAGUUUGCAGGAAAAAAUUAAUACUAAUUCAAUCACAUCAGUACCACAAUCGACAAAAUGCUAUUCGUAUGAGGGACCUAGCCUUACAAAUGAUACAGGCUUUUUGAUUUAUUGUUCCUUUGCUUUACUUGUGUGUCUUUCUCUUUGUCGAACUAAAAAAGUUUCCACGGUCGUCGUCAAGGAAACAGAGCAGGCUUACAAAAUGUGUCAGUUUUGUAGCUAGAAUCUCUCAAGGGACCAAAAUGAACCAAACCUAUAUCAUGGGGUAAAAAUUGUAUUUUGCAGAAAAAAGAAAGGAAUGUAAAACAGGGAGAUGGCAGGUAGGAGUUGCUAGAAAUGAGCAGUUCAGCUUUGGAGGAAAAGCAUGUCAAAACACUGAUUUUUUUGGUAUAUUUUUAUUUGUAACGUCAAACUGUCAGAAUAAAAUAAUUUAA